CCCGUGCACAGGAGGUGCGCGCUCCCGAGCUGGCGUAGUUUCCCAGCGCGGUGCCAGCCCCUCAUCCUCCUCCAGUCUCACUCCCCUCCCGACUGCCGCCCCAGGCUCCGCCAUGGGGAAUGUGCCAUCGGCGGUGAAGCACUGCCUCAGCUACCAACAGCUUCUCCGGGAGCAUCUCUGGAUCGGGGAUUCAGUGGCAGGGGCGCUCGACCCCGCGCAGAUUUCUGUUCUAAUAAACCUUCACUGCUUUCAGCCCUAUGUCUCUGGAUUCUCAGUCUCCUUGGCAGGCUCGGUGGCUUCUAUCCACUGGGAAACAUCCCAGUUAUCUGGACUCCCUGAGUUUGUUAAAAUAGUAGAAGUUGGGCCUAGGGAUGGAUUGCAGAAUGAAAAGGUUAUAGUUCCUACAGAUAUAAAAAUUGAAUUUAUCAAUCGACUUUCCCAAACUGGCUUGUCUGUAAUAGAAGUGACUAGCUUUGUGUCUUCCAGAUGGGUACCACAGAUGGCUGAUCACACUGAAGUAAUGAAAGGCAUUCAUCAAUAUCCAGGAGUUCGCUAUCCUGUCCUUACUCCUAAUCUUCAGGGUUUUCACCGUGCUGUUGCUGCUGGAGCUACUGAGAUAUCAGUUUUUGGAGCUGCAUCUGAAUCCUUUAGCAAGAAGAAUAUUAACUGUUCCAUUGAAGAAAGUAUGGGAAAGUUUGAGGAGGUUGUUAAGUCUGCAAGACACAUGAAUAUUCCAGCACGAGGGUAUGUGUCUUGUGCUCUGGGCUGUCCAUAUGAAGGAAUUAUUACACCGCAAAAAGUGACAGAAGUGUCUAAGAGAUUGUACAGCAUGGGUUGUUAUGAGAUCUCUCUAGGAGACACAAUUGGAGUGGGAACUCCAGGAAGUAUGAAAAGAAUGUUGGAAAGUGUGAUGAAAGAAAUCCCACUGGGUGCUCUUGCUGUUCACUGUCAUGACACCUACGGACAAGCCUUAGCAAAUAUCCUUACGGCCCUUCAGAUGGGAAUCAAUGUGGUGGACUCUGCAGUAUCCGGAUUAGGCGGCUGCCCUUAUGCAAAAGGUGCUUCUGGGAAUGUAGCCACUGAGGAUUUGAUAUAUAUGCUUAAUGGCCUGGGGCUCAAUACAGGUGUGAAUCUAUACAAAGUGAUGGAAGCUGGUGACUUUAUUUGCAAAGCUGUGAAUAAAACCACAAACUCUAAAGUAGCACAAGCCUCCUUCAAUGCUUGACUUGAAUGGAUUUACGAUCUACGGUUGAGAAGAUCAAUUUCAGCUACAGUACUCAUCUGAAAAUCAUUAGUGUCAACUUGCUCUGAUAUGUGAAGUAAUAGACAAGAGUGGGAAAAAAGAGAUCCUUUUCAAAAAGAUUAUAACUGGAUAGAUUAAGUCAACAAAAAGCAGUAUCAGUCAUCAGGUAAAUUGCAAGCUGAGGAUAAAUAAUAAAACUUGUCCUAUUUUGAACUUGGAAAAAAGUCUCUUUUGCUCUUGUAGAAAUAACUUUUUAAUUUAGAUGGGAAAAUUGAGUUCAUAUUUCCCCAAGUAUCAAAUACUGUGUUAAUACUUAAUCAGGCAGGCUUAACACAGUGUACAUACCGUCAGUAGUUUAUGAGCUCCUGCAUAGUAUGCAGAGUGUGUGGCCUCAAUAUUAUGCAUUAUGCCUCUGGAUCUCAACUAUUCAUUUGCCAAGUCAGUUAAGUUAUGGACCAAAAGCCAAAUCUCCAUCUGACCCUACAUAAUUUUAGCAAUAGAACUUUUAUAUUUUGAGUAUGGCUAACAUCUGUUAACUAUUUCAGUGACUUUAUCUGGUUCCAAGAGGCUGUGGCCAAUGGCAAGAUGCCAUAUCCUGGAAACAUAUUACAACCUCCCAUGUUUGUUACAUGCAUCCAGUUUACCAUACUUUACCUAUCAUCAGUUAUAGUAAAAACCAGCAUGGAGUUACUCAGCUAUUGAGAAAUUGUAGGCUAUUAUUUUGGUCCUGAUGUCUAAAUUGCAAUGAUAAGAAUAGGUUGAUACAUAUAUCAUCAUCUACCCUUAUAAUUUUCAGAUCACUUUCAAUUUGCCCAAGGAAAUAUCGUUGUGAUCCUAAGAAUAUUAAGAUAAUUUUUGGUUAAUGAAAUACCUAUUUUCCUUUGAUUCAUGGUGCUUUGAUUACAUCACAUGAUUUUUUGGUGUAUUUUUAGUGGUUAUUUUAAAAGUUGAGGUGACUGAAAUGUUGUUUAUUGUCCUAGAAUUGAUUGCCAGAAAUUGAAAGAUGUAAUAUAUCAAAGACAGAGAUGAGGAGCAGGAGGACUAUUCAAGAUAAACAUUUCUGUAACCUAUGCAAAUUUUAUGGGGGUAGUAUUAUUACACAUGGAUCUGAAAUGUCAGUUCUAGUAUUUAUAUAGACUUCUCUAAUAAUACCAGGUGAUAUUAUCUUUGAGUAAGUUUGAAUAUGAAUUGAAACAUAAAAAUGAGUGUUGUGAACUUUCUAGGAAAUAUUCAUUAAAACCAUUGAAAUAAAAAUAAGUUCAAGAAAGUAAGAGAAGUACUGAUUAUAACUAUGUUGCAUGGUUCUGGAGCAGGAAUACUAAGAGCAAUUUUCUGUUUUGGGGUUAAUGUUUGGGGGUUGGGGGAAAUGCAGGGAGCAGACAAAAAUCAAAGCUGGUUAUGAAUCUUUUUCAGUUACAUCUCCCUGUGCAUCUCUCUUCAUGAAGCACAUGACCCUGCACACUGGCAGUAAUGGGACACCUCCAAUUAGCAUGUACAGCUGGAUAUGUACCCCAUAUUCUGAGGAGACUGACUUCCUAUCUCUUACAAAGCUAUGCAGUUCUUAAUUUGAGAUAUUUGGAAAAGCGUCUCUUGUUACAAACUGCUUAUAGUAACAACUAAGGGGAAAGCAUUGCUGUUUUGAAAUGGAAACCGUGGACUUUGAAAGGCAGAGCAAGUAGUCAGAAACUCCAAGUACAGUCUAGAGCACAGUAACAUAUCUUCUAUGUCAGUGUACUGAGUCACUUCCAUGAAUACCUUGAUGCUACUGAAUCACAUUUAGUAUGAGAAAGCUUGCUGUAGGUAUUUGGUAUCCUUUCUCCACACAAACCACCUAAAUCUCUUUGACAAUUUAAAGAAAGUUUCUUUUCUGGUUUUCUUUUCUCCACCUUAUUUAUUUUGUGGCCUCUUCCUUCUCUUCUUUAUGUUUGACUGCAGACACAAAUGUACAGUUGCCUCCAACCUUACAACUCAACAGGUGGUGCAAGACCAGCAGGAUCAUCCCCUGGGACCUUUUGAGAAACAGAAUCUGGGACUUCACUCCAUAUCCACUGCAUCACAGUUUCCAUUUUAAACAAGAUCCUCAUAUGACUCAUAUGCAAAUUAACUUUGAGAAGCACUUGCCUAUUUGAUACCUCCUCUUGGGUGUCCAACAGGCAUCUCAGGCUUCAUAUAUAUUCAAAAUUCUUGUACCAUUUUUCACUUUGUGCUCUGUAGUCCACCCCAUUGUCUUCUGUUUUUGGAACAAGACACACUCAGAUCCAUCUCAGGUCCUUCCUUUACCUUAGUUUUUUUCUCUGCCUGUAAAGCUGUUUUCCUGGCUUUUUCCCUGGGCAUGACUGGCUCCCUCUUGUCAUUGAGGUCUCAGCAUAAAUUUUACCUCCUUAAUGAAUCUUCCUGGACAACUCAGUUUAAAGUAAGUCCUUUACACUCUCUCACAUCAACUCAUUUAAUUAUUAAUUUUUACCUAUUAUUUGUUUAUUCUUUCUUUCUUCAACAGAAUAUAUACUCCAUGAGAGUGAGGGUUUUGCUAUCUUCUUCACUGUUAGUUCCACAUUGCCUAGAACAUAGUGCUAGGGUCUAGCACUAAAUACCAAUAAAUGUUAGUCGGAGUCAAGAAUAGAAAUGGGUUUAAUUCAAACAUUUGGGAAUUAAAGGAAGGAAACUAUUCUGCAUGAACUCUACACAUAUAUUUCCUGAGCCCUUAAUAGAUUUUUAGGAUUUUCCAGUUUAUAUGUUGAAUGAUUGAAUUAAGUAAUGAAUGCAUAUAUAUAUACCAAAGAGGAUGUUUAGAAAUGUUGGGUAAACCAAAACUGUAAGGGAAAUAUAUAUAUUUUUAAGCAGAAUAAAGUAAAAGUGAAACUGCUGGAAUUGAUAACAACAAAUUGACAAUAUCAAUAACAGAAACCUUCCUGAGGUAAAGAGGCAACAGCUAUAAUAAGCAACUAAUCAGCUUUGCUAUGGGCAUUAAGAAGUGCAUGCCAUUGCUUUCUAUGUGUUUUACACACAUGCACACAGGCACACACACACAUGCAUACAUAAUACACCAUUCCAGAUAUGGCCAGAACAAUUUAGAUUAUUCAUCAAACUUCUGUCACCUGUCUCUUCUCUAUCAAAGAAACAAGAACUGCAUUGCCUAUUUAAAAGUCCACUGUAACAUGUCAUCGAAGAAAAGCAAGCCUGUUGUAUCAGCUGUCAUCUAUAUUAUUAAGAGAUAAAAAUUUUGUAAUGACUUGAUAUCAAGACCUCAUUACUUCAGUAUUCCUUAAAUUCCUUUAGUAAUUUAUAGGUAUUUCAGAGUCAAGUCUUAGCAGAGACAUACUCUUAAUUUUCUGUCGCUGAUACAUAAACAAACUUAUUCUCUGUGAUCUCAAUUCAUGUUGUACAUUAGAUUAAUUAGUGGAUGAUGGGAGAGGAGUUUAGCAAUAUUGAUGCCUGAACUUCACCCUUGGAUAUUUUGAUUUCAUUGGUCUGGAGUAGUACACUUCAAGCAUCAGCAUUUAAAAAAAAAAAUGUAUACAACAAUUCUCAUGUGCAAGUUUAGUUGAAAAUCUCUAAUUUAGAACAAUGGUUUUGAAAGUGUGAUCCCAGGAGGAGCAGCAGCAGCAGCAGCAGCAGCAUGACUUGCUUUUCUCAGGAGCUUCAUCCAGAGAAAACGGCAUCAUCUCAGAGUCAGCUAUAAAAUCCAGAUUGUGAAUCUGUGUAUACUAUAGAGAUAAAGGACAGUAAGAGGACACCAGCUAUAUUAGCCCAUCCUUGCCUUGCUAUACCUAAGAGUAGGUAAUUUAUAAGAAAAGAGGUUGAAUCUCAUGGUUCUGCAGGCUGUACAGGAAAUAUAGCGCCACCAUCUGCUUCUGGGAAGGCCUCAGAAGGUUUUAACUCAUGGUGGAAGGUGAAGUGGGAGCCAGCACUUUACAUGGCAAAAACAGGAGCAAGAAAGAGAGUAGGGAAGAGGUACCACACUUUAUAACAACUAUCACCAGGACAGCACCAAGAGGAUAUUAAACCAUUCUUUAGAAAUCCACCCUCGUGAUCCAGUCACCUUCCACCAGGGUUCAUCUCCAACACUGAGGGUUACAGUUCAACAUGAGAUUUAGAGGGAAUACAUAUCCAAACUACAUAAUCAACACAUUAGAAUUCAAAUUAGGAUUCACUAGAGAUGCAAAUUUUCAAACUCCAGCACAGAUGUACUAAAUCAGAAGCUCUGGGUUGAGGCCUAAUAAUCUUUGUUUUUACAGAUCCUCCAGGGGAUUCUGAGGAGCCCUAACGUUUGAGAAUCACUGACCUUCUAAGGCAGUGAUUUACCACACUUGUAAUUGGUAGAGGAAAAAAUGUAUACUAUUUAGCUUAUUGUAUGCCCUAUAUCCACACAACAAAGCAUCAUUUUGAACUAGCACUCAUAUAAUCCAAACAGGCAUACAUUUCCAGCCUACAUUUCCAAUGUGAACAGUGCUUACGAGAGGAGUGAAGUAUACGAAACAGAUGCCAAUUUCCUCUGCCACAUUCCUUCCCUUGACUCUGUUUCCCAGCUUCAUAAGUUGAAAGAGUCAUAUGAAUAGCCUCAUUAUUAGGAUUUUCUCCAGGAGGCUUGAGUCUGAGAAAAAUUCCACCAGGGUUCUACUGAUUCUUCUUUGACACCAUCUGAUCUUAGGCUCUGGAAGCACACAAUCCAGUUCUGAGUCUUGGCUGUAUUACUCAAUGGCUAUGCAAACUUAUUCAAUUUACCUAAGGUCUUUAAACCUAAUUUCAAACCUCACUUCCUUCACCUGUAAAACUCAGAUAAUAGCCUUUAUUUAUACAGCUAUUGGAGGGAUUUCAUGAAGUAAUGCUUAUAAGUGUUUGGCAAAGUGCCUAGUACUUAGAAAGUAAUCAAUAAAUGUUAACAAUCAUAACUUUUAGUAUCAUUUCCUAUAGCACUGCCCUGGAGUGGAACUUCCCCUCCAUUGUCAGUUAACAAUUAGAGAGGCUCUCUUUCUAUAUCCUGUUCCAUGUACAGUGUAUGUUGUCUUAAAGGGCCUGCAAUAAUUCUCAAAAAGGCAGCUCGUCAUCAAACUCCAGGACCACAUAGUCUUAAAUUGGCACCAGAGUCCCAUGCUUUCCUUAUCAUGCUGUACCACUGACGUAUGCAUGCUGAGCUAAUUCUUUUCUGCAUUUCAUAUGGCAGUAGUCUGCUACAGGAACUUGUUUUGAGACUUUUGCUGAGUACACUUAUCUAAGAAAUAUAGUAGGUUGAACUCUAUAUCCUGCAUCAUCUAAAGUCAAAAAUUUCAUGAACGUUAGGAAUUUGUUUCAGUCUUUUGGCAGUUGGACAGGUGAGCAGAUAGAUUUUGACAUCUGUUUUCAUAUGAGUUUUAUUUAUUUGGUGGACUACUACCUAGAAAGCUUCCGCUUUCUUCUUGUUCUUCCUGGUUCCGUUGUAAAGCAGAACCAUGUGCUUAGUUGAGUACUUUGCUUCCAUGAGGGUCACCUUUCCUUUGACUUGAGCCAUAGUAUCAAACUUAUAUGGCUUAUGAAAGGGAUUAUGCCCCUCUAGGAAUUAAGAGGAACUAAAUCAAAACUUCUGAUGAUCAUUCCAUCUAAACUUUCCUUCUCCAGCUGGUUAUUCAAGACCCCUGUCAUUAGUGAAGCAGAGCAAAAUAUCAUAGGUAGCCAGCCAGACCAUUAUCCUGAAUCCUGAAAAGGUGCCUUCAGUCAGAAGGUUUUCACAGUGACCUCUAUCUGUACACUAAUGCCAAUAUAUUGGAUUGUUGGGCAGACAUUCCAGCAGCAUUCGGAGAGGUCCACAGAAUUACAAGGAAUCACUGCCUGCUUUUUGCAGGAGCUUCGUUUAGAUAAAAUUUAAUUAUCUGGUAGUCAGCUCACAAAAUUUAUACUGUAAAUGUGUGUAUACUCCAGAGGUGAAGGGAAGCUGUAGAGUGCCAAUAUCUGUCUCCUUCUUAUAACAGCCUGUAUGCUCAGUACCUAUCACAUUAGUAUAAAGGAAAACAUAUCUAUGGACCUUCCUUUAAUCAAAGAGUAUGUCAUUGUUUUUCUCAACUGUAAACAUCUUCAAAGAAUUUGAGGACCAAAGUAGUUCAUGCUAGAAUUAUGGGCAUGAGGAAGAAGUGAGAAACAUGUGAUGACAAAUAGAGCGUAAGUGGGGAUAGAUAUGUUUCUGUAAGGGGUUUGUACAUAUGUAUAGAAGAUACGUCCAUCCAGACAUUAAAAGCCUGUUAGUAUUCUCCUACCUCCUGGACAUUUUUUUUUUUUUUUUUGUGAUACACAGUCUCACUCUGUCACCUAGGCUGGAGUGAAGUGGCUCACUGCAACCUCCGCCUCCUGGGUUUAAGCGAUUCUCAUGCCUCGGCCACCAGAGUAGCUGGGAUUACAGGCAUGUACCACCACACUUGAAUAAUUUUUGCAUUUUUAGUAGAGACGGGGUUUUGCCAUGUUGACCAGGCUAGUCUCGAACUCCUGACCUCAAGUGAUCCUCCCGCAUCAGAUUCCCAAAGUGCUGUGAUUACAUGCAUGAGCCACCUCACCCGGCUGGAAAUUUUCUUUUACCAUUAAUUGACUAGAAGCUGUUCCCUGAAACUUCUGGAUUUCUACAACAGUGCACCAUUUUUAUUGGGUAUUUAAUGUUUGCAGUCAUGGUUGUCCUUCAAAGUUGUCAUUUUGGGAAGCUAUGCAUUCAUGUUAAUAACAUUAUCUUUUAGAAUUGGAAUUACAUUGGGUCUCUUCCAUAAAAGAAACUAAAUGUCACUACUAUAGAGUCAUUUUGUUUUUAUAUUGUGCUAAUAUUGUUAAGACAGUAUUAACCAUAUUUGUCUUGUUAAUUUAGUUAAGAUGAUAUUUAUCAAUUUAUUUGUCUACUUUAUUCACCAGAUUUUUGUCCAAAUGACAUUCAGUUAUUUCUAAAAAUCAAAUCCAGGCUGACAAAAAACAAAUUUUUACUUUCCAGUUAAUUCAAAAGAAUGUGUCAAAUGUUUCUAAGACAAUUUCAGUGAGUAGUAAAUAAACACAUUUGCUUUACUGGCAGAAUGUUUGAAUAGUUUUCUAGAGUUGCAAGGCAAUGAUUUUGAAAAGGUAUCAUUCACUUCUAUAUUAGUUUAAAAAUCAUAUUUUACUUUUAGAUUUCUUAUAAACCAUAUAUAAUACCAUGUUCUUUAUCUAAAUAAAGAUGAACUAUUAAAAAUAUGAUUCCCAGAUAAGUGAAGUUUCCACUUUAUAUCACAACUAUUUAAAGAAUAAACAUUUUUGUAGGAAGUA